AUGGCUUCAUAUAAUCCAUUUUCCAAACGAGAGUCGUAUGGUUCGUACUCUCUGGGUUCCUACCGUCUGCUGGUUCCCAUGUCCUGGUUACUCGUAGUGGUAGUUGGCAUCUAUGAUACCAUCCAUGCCCCUAAACACGGUCAUGGCGUCUUCAACCAGGCCAACCACCAUCUCACGCCGUUCAGUCUGAGCACGGUUGUCACGGGGAUUUACUGGGCCAUUCUACUACUUACGCAACUUAUGUAUAUCUACCAUCUCUUCCAUAAAGAUGCCUCCAUCGUCACCGCGACCGCCAACGUGGGUGCGCACUUUAUCCUUAACAACCUGCUUGUCUUCGCCUGGAUCCUCUUGUGGACGCGGGGCCACUUCUGGGCCUCCGAGAUCAUCCUGAUUGCUCAGCUGAUCAACCAGCAUUCGGCGUACUGGAGACAUCGGUCCCUUCCUCCGUUGGUACACUUGUCAGCAAUCGCGGGGCCUUUUGCCUGGACCCUGAUAGCGCUGUUCUGGAAUGGUGCGGUGGCCGUGCAUAGCAACUCGUUGCUCGCGAGGAUUGUCGCCAAUAUCUUUAUCUGGGUGAUCUUCCUCAUUGGCGCAACCCAUAUUACGGUCCGACAGGAUGAUCUCUUAGGCUACUGCUUGAGUUUCUUGUUUCUCGCGUUGGCCCUCGAGCAAAUCGCUAUCAAAACCAUUGCCCUGCAGUGGAUCUUUGCCUUUGUGAUCUUCGCCGUCUUCUUGGCGGAAUCGCUCUACAUCUCCGGCACCAAGUAUACGGGCCGCGACGUUCUGCUCCGGAAGCUCACGCGUCCAGAGACCGCGGAUCGUGAGCGAGAGCCCCUGCUUAAUGAGCAGUCGGGAGCAACGGCCUGA